CCGCGAUCCUCGCGGUUGGCAGAGGACGCGCCGAGGUCAGGAGGAGGCCGAGAUUGUUCGACUCCCCCACUUGAUCUCUUCCUUCCCCUCUCCCUUUGCCUCGCCAGCCAUGACGGGAGCCCCCGCUCCAGCAGCUGCUCCCGGCGCCGAAGCAACCGCGGCGGCGUCACCGGCGGGCGAGCGCGAUGAGCAGGCAAGCACCAGCUCGCGUGCGACGACGGGUUCGCCGGCCGCGCCUGGACGUCCGGAGGCGCCGAGCGUCGCUGGGACCGGGAGAGACGGUGGCGGAGGGCCCGCGGGGGGCGACGAGCGUGCGCUGCUGGUCGUGACGACGAUGCCGCCGGCGGGCGCCACGGCGGUGGGGGUGGCCGCGCCCGGCGUGCCUGUGGCCGAGACGGAGACGACAACGUGGGCGCGGUGGACGUCGAUGUCGUCCGUGCCGUGGGCGAGGCUCGUGUUUGGAUUGCUGCUCCUCGUUCUGCUCGGCUUCGCGUUCUUCAAGUGGGGCCUCCCGUUUCUCUCCGAGAAGGUGAUCAUGCCAAUUAUUGAAUGGGAAGCAAAAUCUUUCGGCCUCCCCGUGUUAGCGGUGGUGAUAGUCGUUUCUCUAGCGGUCUUCCCGGUGGUGUUGCUGCCCUCCGGUCCACCAAUGUGGCUAACCGGAAUAGUUUUCGGCUACGGUUUCGGCUUCCUGAUCAUCAUGGUCGGGGUGACCAUCGGCAUGUCUAUACCUUACUGGAUCGGCCUACUGUUCCGCGACCGCCUAAACGUAAUGUCUCUAAGCUUCCAUCUGAUCAUGAGCGCUACGAUUCGGUGUAUUUCCUUAGCGGCUGGUUGGUUGGUCCCGAUGCCCUGGUUCCUAGUUUUGCUACCCUUCUUCUCUCACCUGUUCGUUGACGCGCAGCUCUGGCUGGAGAAGAAAUGGCCACGGCAGAUUGCUCUGAUCAAACUGGUAGGUCAAGGGAGCUGGUUCCAGCAGUUCCGCGUGGCCGCGUUGCUCAGGAUCUCGCCGUUCCCAUACGCGUUGUUCAACUACGCUGUAACCGUGACGGAGAUGAAGUUCGUCCCUUACAUAUGGGGUUCGGUUAUCGGAAUGGUGCCUGAUGUGUUCAUCAACAUCUACAGUGGGCGGCUGAUACGCACGUUGGCUGAGCUGAAUUAUCGGAAGCACCGGAUGACAGCAGUCGAGAUAGCGUACAACGCUAUAUCUGUAAUUGUUACCGUCGUCUUUGCGAUUGUAUUUACAGUAUACGCAAGACGAGCCCUGGACAACAUGGAACAGUCCGAAGUCGCCUGCGCUGAACCUGUCGUCGGUGACCCUGCUGGAUCGACCGAGUCCAGGGAUCACCUUCAGGGAUGUUCGACUGCACGUUCUGUACCAAUCGAUGUUGUGUAAUGACACAGGUACAGUACACGUCUAAACGACUGGUUGACUUAAAGUUCCUUUGUUGUACAUACAACACGAUAGAUCGGUAGAAGGGAGAUCUUAACAAUGUGUGUAAUUGUUACGUACUACUGUAAGUCUGUAAAUAUGUUAUGACCUGAUGCUGUGUUCAGCCACACGCAUGUUGUGUGAUUGUUGUUGCUUCA